AUGGCUGACGCCCCCGUUACCCUGCGGACUCGCAAGUUCAUCCGCAACCCACUGUUGGGCAGAAAGCAGAUGGUUGUUGACAUUCUUCAUCCUAACCGCGCAAACAUCUCCAAGGAUGACCUGAGGACGAAACUCGGAGAACUCUACAAGGCCAACAAGGACCAAAUAUCAGUAUUCGGCCUCCGCACCCACUAUGGUGGUGGAAAGACCACCGGCUUCGCUCUCGUUUAUGACUCCGCCGAGGCCUUGAAGAAGUUCGAGCCCCGUUACAGACUCGUUCGUUAUGGCACUGUCGACAAGAUCGAGAAACCAAGCAGAAAACAACGCAAGAGCAGCAAGAUCAGAGCCAAGAAGCUCAGAGGAACAGCCAAGGUCAAGGGUGUCAAGAAGGCCAAGAAAUAA